CAGAUGGAGGGAAGGAGCGGCUGAGAGGGAGGAGGAGGGAGGCGGGCCGGUGGGCGGGCAGGUGGGAUCCGACCCCUGGCAACACCGAGGUGUGAAUGCAGCGGAGGUGACGGCCACGCCGGGGAGAAAUUUAAAGGACACAUGAAUAUAGUGAAAUGAUGGAUGCAGCAGUAGACAUAAUUUUAAAGACUAAAGAGGAGAAAGAUGCAGAACUAGAUAAGAAGAUAGAAGCUUUGCGGAAAAAGAAUGAAGCACUUAUGAAAAGAUAUCAUGAAAUUGAAGAAGACAAAAAAAGGGCAGAACUGGAAGGAAUGGCUGUCAUCACUCGAAAAAGUAGACCAGAGAGUCUCACCAUCACGAUUACAAAGUCCCCAAAUGAAAAGAGGGUGGUAAGUGAGAAACGGAUGUUUGGAGGAGGAAGCGGCCUUAAAGGUUGUGAAGCAGAUGCAGGUCAAAGGUUCUCCAUAGGAAGAGGACAAAGGCUUCGCAGAUUUGUUGUGGAGGAAAGCAAGGCAAAGGAGUGGGAGGAGAGGAGAAAGCAAAACAUAGAAAAGAUGAAUGAAGAAAUGGAGAAAAUAGCAGAAUAUGAAAGGAGUCAGCAGGAAGGAAAAGUUGACAAGAAUCCAUUUAGAAAUUUCCUGGAUGAUCGUCGGCGUACAGGUCCUUUGCCUGAGGGGGAUAAAAAAGUGGGAAGUCGACGUAAUGUUCGGAACUGGGGCGGCUCUGACUUUGAGAUGGUAAAAUCUGGUAUUGAAAAGAAGCGCUGUGAGAAAGGGUGGCAGGAGGGUGGGAUUCCAACUCAGAAAGGCACUGUGGAUAUGACCAUGUUGAUGACAGGGCGGGAGAGAGCAGAGUACAUCCGCUGGAAGAAAGAGCGAGAACAGAUUGAUCAGGAAAGGUUGGCACGUCACAAGAACUCCAAAGGAGAAUGGAAAAGGGCAUGGGAUGCAAACAAAACUGAGGACAUGUUUCAAGAAGAUUUUGCUGUGGAAAAUGAGCUUGGCUUUCAUAAGAGAAAAGGUGGAAGAAACGCGAGGAAGUGCAAUGUACGGUUUCAGCAUCACGAUAUACGAGAUGAUGGGAAUCAUUCUGACAAGACCAAAGAAUUAUUUCCGUGGUCUGAAGCCACAGACAGCAGUAAAUCAAAGGGCAAAGACAGACUGACUGGGAGAGCCAGAAGCUUUAAGAUGAAUAAUAAAGCGAAGACUGAAAUACAAAGAGAUGCUGCAGGACAAGAUGCUGGAGAAGAUACAGAUGAUUCGAUGAAUGUGGAGUGGGACGUCGUUGAACCGCGUGACUGCCAGGCAAGUUCUUUAGAUACCAAAGAAGUGCAAAGAGCUCUGAUGGACGAUGAAGAGACUGUAAACAAGCUAAUGCAAUACAGCAGAAAAUUGGGUAAUCUAUCAUUAGCUGAGGAGUUGAUGCAGAUCAAUCCUGUAUUGUGCCAUAAUAUUUCAGGCAAAACCAAUUCUGGUUCCCCUUCAGAAAAUGGAAUUUCUGAUCACUCUGUUCUGUCAGGGUGUGAUUUACAGGAUCUUGAAGAGACAGGAAAUGUGUUAAAUUAUUGUUCCUCUAAAGACACAAGUAAACAGAGUGAGAAGUCAAUAUUGGUUGCCUCUGAUACAAAGUCAGACCAAAGCAUUGCUACAGAGAAACAUGUGCCAAUAAAAGAUGGAGUUCCACUUGCACUUGAGUUGUCUGCUUGUCCUGAUACUCUGGAUGAUAAUUCUGCAGUACUGGAGAAAGAUCUUCCAAUUGCUAUUUGUGAUGAAGAAAGAAAGAUAUUCUCUUCAGCUGCUGAUGUUGCAACUGAGUGUUUGGCAGCAUGUGUGAAAUUGCAGGAUCAGUCUGCAGAGGAAGCUAUGGGGAAGUUGCAGCCUGCACUAAAAACAGAUGUCCCAGAAAUUUUGCAUGAUGACCAGAAAAUAAGUGCUCCUGAUCGCAUAGGUGGAAAUGGUUGUGAGAAUCCAGAGAAUUAUCAAGAGGAACGGUCUGAAGAAAACAAACAGAAUUACACUGAUUACAUGGAUGAAAUGCCAGGCAUUUCAGCAGUUGCUUUGAAGCCAAGUACAAAGAUUCCACAUGAUGCUGCCGCUUUAGACAUUAUCAAGACUAUGAUUGGAAUGAUGGUUGAAGAAAAGUGAAAUAAAUCCCUUGCUGACAGUACUAUAUAAUCAAGAAAUCAAUAUUCUCAGCUUCCUGGGUCCACUUUUCACAUCAAGUUAUUGACAAUAUCUCUAUUGCAGUGUACAACCCACAGGUUUCAAUGUAAACCAGUAUCAUGCACAAUUAGAGGCCUUAUGCCAGCCAAGGCCCAAACAUUAGGAAGCAAAAUUUCAACAUUAACUUCACUUGCUUUUCUAUCAUUUAUUUAUAUUUCUACAGUUUUAUUUCUUGCAAUUAUCACAUACUUAAGUAUUUUAAUUCUAUUGUAUAACUAAUUUUAUUUGGAUUUUGUGAGAAUGUGAUACAUUUGUUCAAGAUGGCUGCAGAAUUGAUAACAGUUAACACAAUGUUAGAAUAACAAUGGUCUUUAUGAAUAAAAUUAGCUUAGGGCAUUGAAUUUUACAAGUAUAUUUUCUGGUUUCGACUAAAUGCUUUGGGAUAACAUUGAUGUGAAUAGUGAUUCAUGUAUUCUUGUUUCAUCAACAAAAUUGGUUUGGAAUACUUCCGAUUAGUGCAGAAAAAUGCAUUUAAUGCGAAUUGAUUUGACAAGCAAAAUUAAGAAAAACAUAAUAAGUAAUGGUUUUGCAGGUAGAAAGAACUUAAACAGGAUCUUAAAGAAUUACAAAAUGAGUUUGGGCUUAUCUGUCCAGAAGAACACUGUUUUGGAAAAACUUCCUCACCUGAAAAGUCUUCAGGAGUUGAAGCGAGUGUGGGCCUGGAAAGCCAGUCUGAAUGGAUUGCUGUGCUGAUUGUUCUGUAUUAUCUUAAUUAUACCUCAUUCUCUAUUCAUACCACAUUGAAUGUUCCUUUUGCUUGCCUCUUAAUGUGGUAGUCCACCACUUUGUUUACAUCCGCCUUCCAAGUUUAUUUAGAAAUAAAACAUUUACACUAGAAGUAACAAUUUUGAUAUAACAUUUCAACUGUUAUAUUGUAGUACUGUGGUAUGUUUCAUAUAUUCAGUUGCUUCAUGGUGACCAACAGAAUUGCAAUCAGGCAGCAGGGUGCAUUUAGGUCCACGCGUAGAAUACAAAUUUUUAAUGAUAUCUAAUCACUACAAGUGUUGGUACAAAACGAUGCAAAUUCAGGUGCUGAGGUAAGAAGCAGAGGUUAAUUGUCUUGGUAUGGGAACCUAGAAGUUCUCACCUGCCUUUGGUCAUAGCAGUUGAAAGCUGAAAACUGGCAAGUGGUAGAUUAUAAAUACCUCCUGAAUGAGCCAUUCCUGAUUUGUAAUUCUGAGGGAACUAAACUGAAGCUGGGUCAUAAUGUCUCAAAACAAAUGGGUCUUAGACUUCAAAGAUGCAAGAUAAGGACACUAGUGUAAAAUUGAAAUGUUGGCAUUCUCACCAUUUUGCCCCUCGCGAUGAGCAAAAUGCACAUUGUUUUUAUAAUUUUUGUGUGACAGAGUGCAUUGGUGAUGGGAUUUAGGGACUGCAAUCAUGCAGGCUUUCCAGCUUUCGUCUAUAAUUACUAUUUUUCAAAAGCAUAAAGACCAAGUUUACUGUGUGAUCUUAUUCAAAACUGAAAGUUGGAUUGAAAAAGGGGCCAUUAAUGCAACAUGGAAGAGGCAGAAGGAUGAUGUUUCUAAAUUCAGUAAUGGACUAAGAGGUCAGUAUGAUGCAGUGUUUAUGCAUUUCAUGGUUCACACAUUUUGGUCGUAUCAAUUAUUUGAAAUUUACAAUUGAAUGAAUAAAGUUGAUAUUUUGUUACUCUUGUACAAGCAACAAUGAGGAUAAAGUGAAUCCAGGGAAACUGUUACUGAUGUAUAUGCUGAAGCGUGGUUUGGAGUUUACAUAUUUAAACAAUUAAUAUCUGCAUCAGCCUUAGACUGGAUUGAAUUAGUUUAUUUUGAAAGUUAAUUUAAAAUUCCAUGAAGUUAUUAAAACUCAAUUGUUUUCUGUUUAAAGGUGCCUCUGGGAGUUUUUCUUUCAAAUGUUAAAUACUUCACACAACUCUAUAUAAUUCAAUAAAACUAUAAAACUUUUGAGAGAUUAGCUGUGGAUUGUAUUGGCAAUCCAGAUGCAAUAUGAUGGAUAACAGAUUUUUGUUCACACAUACCCUCAUUCCUUUGAUGGAAUGGGGAAUCAAUUCGUACAUGCGAAGAAAGCAAAAAUUCAUCAUCAUUCUUGGAGAAAGAAAAAUUGUAUAGCACACCCUCUUCAUUGUUCAGCUUUACUUGAAGAGACAUGGGUACAAGUUAUGUUCUCAUUAAUGGAAACCAUAUGUGGUAAAGGGGAUUUUAAAACAGAAUUUAUUUAAAUAAACUAAAGAUCAGUUGAAAGAUUAUUUUUCACUUGACAUUGAUGCAGCUUCCACUGGCUUUAGGCUCUGAUUGUUACAUUAAGAAUUUGUUUAGCAUUUGAGUGCUAGGAAAGAAAUAUUGCUAUGUACAUGCCACCUAAUGUUGCAUUUUAAUAGAUAAUGCAUUUUGUGAAG